AUGAGUUUAAAAGAGGCAAAGAAAUUAGAUUCGCAGUAUGAAAUACAUAGGAAGGAUUUCGUGAUUCCGACCUUCAAGUCAUUAAACAUCACUAAUGAAAAAUUUCCUGAAGAAACUGAGUCGAUAUACUUGUGUGGAAAUUCUUUGGGAUUAUUACCAAACGAUACGAGAAAAGCAAUUAAUGAUGAAUUAGAUGCUUGGGGUCAACGAGGAGUGGAAUCUCAUUUUGACCAUCCUGGUGAUGCGAACGGAUUAACUUCUUGGGUAGAUAUUGACUUGCCCUUAUUGCCCUUGCUAGCUCCUAUUGUUGGAGCUAAAGAAAGCGAAGUUGCGGUCAUGGGUUCUUUAACAAGUAAUUUGAAUGCUUUGCUAAUGAGUUUUUACAAGCCUUCCAACAGAAGAACUAAAAUAAUGUUCGAAAAGCAAGCAUUUCCUUCCGACUUUCAUGCAUUCUCAAAUGUAGUGAAGUUGCAUGGAUAUGAUGAGUCUCAUUUAAUACAGCUUUCUCCAAGAGAAGGAGAGGAUUUAUUAAGGACAGAAGAUAUCUUGGAUUCAAUUAGCAGAAACCAUGAAAAUUUGGCUGUCAUUUGCUUGCCUGGAAUUCAAUUUUAUACUGGACAAUAUUUUGAUAUAAGGACGAUCACUGAACAUGCCAAAAAAUACGGAGUUGUGGUUGGUUGGGACUUGGCACAUGCUGUGGGGAAUGUAGAUCUAAAACUACAUGAUUGGGAUAUUGAUUUUGCAGCUUGGUGCUCAUACAAAUAUCUCAAUGCUGGUCCUGGGGGGAUUGGAGGAAUCUUUGUUCAUGAAAAGCAUACCAAAGAUAAUUCCAGAGAUCACUUCGAGCCCCGAUUAGCUGGUUGGUGGGGCACCGACUUGAAAAAUCGCUUCAAAAUGUGUGAAAAUUUUGAUCCAAUGAACUCAGCGUUAUCUUAUAGGCAGUCAAAUCCUUCAGUCAUAGACUGCGUCGCCUUAAAAGCUUCCUUAGAGAUAUUCAAAAGAGCCGGUGGUAUCGUUCCCUUAAGAGAGAGAAGCAUUGCAUUGACUCUGUUUCUUGAGAACUUACUAGUAAACUCAAAAUAUUGCUUGAAUAAUCUGGCUGAUAAAAAAAGACUUGGCUUCAAGAUUUUAACUUCACACAACCAGAAUGAAAGAGGUUGUCAACUCUCGCUAUUAUUUCAGCCACAUAGUGACGAUCCAUUACAAGAUACAAUGUCAAGAGUGUUUCAAGACUUGCAUGACCAUGCAAUUAUUUGUGACGAAAGAAAGCCAGACGUCAUUAGAAUUAGCCCAACGCCAUUAUAUAAUACAUUUGAAGAGACUUUCUAUGCUACACAGAGACUCUUUGAAGCUUUAGACCACAUUUCAAAGAAGUCAUAG